AUCAUGUUGAAGUUGCUUUUAAACACAGCUUUUCUGCUUUACCUGUCCAGGUAGCCUCUGUUUUCAGUUCAGUCUUAAUGAAAACUUUUUGAUUUCCGUCUCAAGUUUCUUUUCAAAGCAGUGUAAGUAGUAUUUAAAAUUUUACACUUCAAGAAAGAAAGACUUUAAAGACAUUCAGCUUUGCUCUUGUAACGUUGAAGGUAAUUCAUUUUUUAAUCUGCACAGCAAGAACUGAAACGAAUGGGGAUUGGACUGUUCUGCCUGUUCUUUCUAUUGCUAAGGAGGAAUGAUCACGUACAAGAAUUUUACCCAUCCAUCUGGAGUUGGUGAAAGGUGUGAUACCCCAGCAAAUCUUUUAGCUAAAGGAUGUCUAUUAAACUUCAUAGAGAACCCUGUCUCCCAAGUAGAAAUACUUAAAAACAAGCCUCUCAGUGUAGGCAGACAGAAAAAUAGUUCUGACAUUGUUCAGAUUGCACCUCAAAGCUUGAUUCUUAAGUUGAGACCAGGGGGUGAGCAGACGCUGCAAGUGCACGUCCGGCAGACUGAGGACUACCCAGUGGAUUUGUAUUACCUCAUGGACCUCUCCGCCUCCAUGGACGAUGACCUCCACACAAUCAAAGAGCUGGGCUCCCUGCUUUCCAAGGAGAUGUCUAAAUUAACCAGCAACUUUAGACUGGGUUUCGGAUCCUUUGUGGAAAAACCCGUAUCCCCUUUUAUGAAAACAACACAAGAAGAAAUCGCCAACCCUUGCAGUAGUAUUCCGUAUUCCUGCUUGCCGACAUUUGGAUUCAAACACAUUUUGCCCUUGACGAAUGAUGCCGAAAGGUUCAAUGAAAUUGUGAAGAAUCAGAAAAUUUCUGCUAAUAUAGACACACCUGAAGGUGGAUUUGAUGCAAUUAUGCAAGCGGCUGUGUGCAAGGAAAAAAUUGGCUGGCGGAACGAUUCCCUUCACCUCCUGGUCUUUGUGAGUGAUGCCGAUUCUCAUUUUGGAAUGGACAGCAGACUGGCAGGCAUCGUCAUUCCUAACGAUGGGCUCUGUCACUUGGACAGCAAGAACGAAUACUCCAUGUCAACAGUCUUGGAAUAUCCGACAAUUGGACAACUCAUUGAUAAACUGGUGCAAAACAACAUGUUAUUGAUCUUUGCAGUAACCCGAGAGCAAGUUCAUUUGUAUGAGAAUUAUGCAAAACUUAUUCCUGGAGCUACGGUAGGGCUGCUUCAGGAGGACUCUGGGAACAUUCUCCAGCUGAUCAUCUCAGCUUAUGAAGAACUGCGCUCUGAAGUGGAAUUAGAAGUUUUAGGAGACACAGAAGGACUCAACUUGUCAUUCACAGCCAUCUGUGCCAAUGGUAUCGUCUUCCCACAUCAAAAGAAAUGCUCUCACAUGAAGGUGGGGGACACAGCUUCAUUCAACGUGACUGUGAAUAUCCCAAAGUGUGAGAGAAGCAGGCACAUUAUCAUAAAGCCUGUGGGGCUGGGGGAUGCCCUGGAAAUACUUAUCAGUCCAGAAUGUAACUGCAACUGUCAGAAAGAAGUGGAAGUGAACAGCUCCAAAUGCCACAAUGGGAAUGGCUCCUUCCAAUGCGGGGUGUGUGCCUGCAACCCUGGCCACAUGGGACCUCACUGCGAGUGUGGCGAGGACAUGCUGAGCACAGAUUCCUGCAAGGAGACCCCAGAUCUGCCCUCCUGCAGCGGAAGGGGCGACUGCUACUGUGGGCAGUGCAUCUGCCACUUGUCUCCCUAUGGAAACAUUUACGGGCCUCACUGUCAAUGUGACAACUUCUCCUGCGUAAGACACAAAGGGCUGCUCUGUGGAGACAACGGGGACUGUGACUGCGGCGAAUGCGUGUGUAGGAGCGGCUGGACCGGCGAGUAUUGCAACUGCACGAGCAGCACGGACUCUUGCAUCUCGGAGGACGGGGUGCUCUGCAGCGGGCGAGGGGACUGCGUGUGUGGCAAGUGUGUGUGCACAAACCCUGGAGCCUCGGGACCAACCUGUGAACGAUGUCCUACCUGUGGUGACCCCUGUAACUCUAAACGGAGCUGCAUUGAGUGCUACCUGUCUGCAGAUGGCCAGCCCAGAGAAGAAUGUCUGGACAAGUGCAAACUAGCUGGUGCGAUCAUCAGUGAAGAAGAAGAUUUCUCAAAGGAUAGUUCUGUUUCCUGCUCCCUCCAAGGAGAAAAUGAAUGUCUUAUCACAUUCCUAAUAACUACAGAUAAUGAGGGGAGAACCAUCAUUCACAGCAUCAAGGAAAAAGAUUGUCCAAAACCUCCAAACAUUCCCAUGAUCAUGUUGGGGGUUUCGCUGGCUAGUCUUCUCAUUGGGGUGGUCUUCCUGUGCAUCUGGAAGCUGCUGGUGUCAUUUCAUGAUCGUAAGGAAGUUGCCAAAUUUGAAGCAGAACGAUCAAAGGCCAAGUGGCAGACGGGAACCAAUCCACUGUACAGAGGCUCCACCAGUACUUUUAAAAAUGUAACCUAUAAACACAGGGAAAAACAAAAGGUGGAUCUUUCCACAGAUGGAUAGAAUGACUUUGGCCAUGGAAAAAUCUGUUUCACUGAUAUGAAAUGUUAAUGCACUACUUAAUUUUUCUUUCUUUGUUGCUUCAAAAUGAGGUUGGUUUAAGAUCAUAAUAGGUCAUUUGAAAAUCAGUCACCCUCUAUCUGAAGGUGAGAGACUAUGUUGACAGUUCAAAACAAUCAAGAAGAGGAAUAUCCUUAGCCAAGAAGUGACUUUGGGGAUCGAAUGAGGAAUACUAACUCUGUUGUAUUAAUGCCUCAAAAAAAUCAUCAGAAUGAUUCAUGGGGGCCUGAUUUCCAUUUGAAAAAUGUUUGAAAUUAGAAUCUCAUUUGCUUCAGGAACACAGCCACCCGAAGUCUUUGUCUCUGCAAAGUCACAAAGCCCAUAUGCUCACACUGUAUAUCCACACUCAUCAAUUAUGUCUGAACUUGCAGUAAGUCUGCCAUUUCAC